AUGGCCCCUUCCUCAUUGGAGAGGUGCCUCUCCCCAUCCGUCCAUCUCCUUCGUCCUCGAACUUCCCACUCUUUCCCACACUCCCACGUUUUGUCCCCACCGCUGCACUUGCCAUCAUUUCAAACAACCUUGUCGGUCCACGCCCCUUCUCCGCUCCCCGAAUCUUCGUCUGCUGCUGUACCGCACCGCUUCCGAGCACCGCGUCCCACUCUCCCUAAACUAGCGCCCGUCAUCAUCCUCAUCACCAGCAUCAACACCACCCCAUCACCAUCAUCUGUUCCCGCAAUCUAA